CCGCGGAAAGCAUGGCAUGUUCCAGGAGAUCCGGACUGAGGCGUCCAGCCAUUUGCUUCAAUAUGGUUUGUGUUCGCGAACAGCUGACAACACCCGGCUGGUCGUUCAGGAAACUCCUCCGAGGUAUAAGAACUCGCGAAACCACUGACAUGACCUCCAUCUUCGCAAUUUCGCCAAUCUAACAUCAAGACGAACGACAAUGGCCUCCUCAAGCACGACUGAAAUCUACCCCACCCUCAAGCCAGCGGACCCUACUCGGCCCAGCCUGGCCAAUGUUCCUUUGGAAAUCGCCCUCCACAUUCUCGAGUUGCUCUUCGGAGAACCGCAAAUCAUAGGUGUCGAAUUCGUUUUCCCGAACACCGAGGAUCCCGAAGUAUCCGAGCCAGACCCCAGUCGCACCAUCGGCCAUAGAACCAAGAUCUUCCUCGACCCGCCGCCGUUGCGCAGAUUCGAGUCGGUCUGCCGCCUCUUCCGCCACAUGUACCGCAAGACCCGGCCGACCCUGUGGGGCUCGCAAUUCGACUCCGGCGUCGACUACAACGUCGACCUCUCGCGCGACAUCUUCCACGUCCGCCUCUUUCCCGGCGUGAAGUACCAAGACUGGGACCCAGGCCACGGCUCGCCACACGACGAUCCGCUGGCCAACAAGCUCGUCGGCAUCCAGCGGUUGGCGACCUCGCCCAACUAUGUCUCGCCGUGGCGCAACCCAGAUGGCAUCAACUUCCUGCGGCACGUGCACCCGACAGCGCCCGAAAUCCUGGUGCUCGUCCCAGUGAGCGAUCUCAAGAAGGAGCUCAAAACCGACGAGCUGCUGACGCCCCUCGGCUCGCAUGCGCCGCUGCUGAACUUGGAGAGCAUGGAGACGCCGCCGGGGUCGGACGACGAGGACGAGUUCCGCGAGGAGACCGGGUACGAGUACGGCACCGACGUGCCCAGGCACCUCAGGUGGACGCCCUGGUGGAGGUACAGAGAGGAGCUGCUAGACCAGCUGCGCUGGGCGCGCGACAUGUUCCAAGGGCGGGCGGCGACGCCAGAGGAGGAGGCGCUGUGGGUAAACUCCUGGCGCCUAGCACCAGUGCCGAAGGUGACGGGGUAUUUGGUGGAUUCUCUCGACCUCCGGGAUGACUGCGCGCAGCCGCUGUAUGAUGUGACUGAUGACGACAUGGAGUGUCGGAAGGCGUGGGAGACGGAAUUCGAUCCGUCGGAGUGGGAGCAGCCUUACAAGGAUCAUCAGGAACUUUUUAGCCUUAGAAGGACGCCUGAGAUUCCUUAAUGGGGCAGGCAGUACACAGUAAGUCUGUUUGAGAGGGAGAUGAAUAUCCAUUGUGUAGACUGUGAUUUGCCUGCUGAAUGUGACUGUUCAUGUCUC